AUGGCGGGUCAGGAACAAUUAAUUCCUCAAUCUGUUACGGAUUUCAGCCACAACGAAAAGAUGUUAAUCACCAUUCUUAGCAUAGAUGGAGGUGGAGUUCGAGGGCUUAUUUCUGCUGUUAUUCUUACUUUUCUUGAACAACAACUUCAACAAUUAGAUGGUCCGAAUGCAAGGAUUGCAGAUUACUUUGAUGUAAUAGCAAGAACAAGCACCGGAGGUUUGGUAUUAGCUGCCAUGUUAACUGCACCUAAUCCCAACAAUCGCCCUCUUUAUAGGGCCCAAGAUAUUAUUCCUUUCUAUCUUCAACAUUCACCUCAAAUAUUUCCUCAACCCAAUGGCAUAAUAGGACGAUUUAUUAACUUUCUGAAAACCAUGAUGGGGCCAAAAUAUGAUGGAAUUUGUCUGCACAAUUUGAUAAGGCAGAAUUUAACAGACCCAAGACUCCAUCAAACACUAACAAAUCUUGUUAUUCCAACUUUUGAUGUUAUGUUACUCCAACCAGUUAUAUUUUCUUCAUUUAAGAUCCCAAGUCAACCUUCUAUAAAUGCAAAGCUGUCAGAUAUAUGCAUUGGUGGAUCAGCUGCCCCAACAUAUCUUCCUUCCUAUUAUUUCAAAAAUGAUAUUGGAGAUGGAAAUCCUAUCAGAGAAUUCAACCUUAUUGAUGGAGGAAUUGUGAAUAAUAAUCCGGAUAAUAACUUAUCCGGAGAAGCAGCAUCAAUAGAUAUUUCAACAUCUGAGAACUUGAACAAUCUUGUGAAUAUCGGUACAGAAUUGCUUUCACAUCAAGCCUCCAGAGUUGAUCCUGAAACUGGAAAUCUAAGUCCUAUUUUUAACAUGGGCAGUAACCGAGAUGUUCUCAUAAGUAUGGCACAACGCCUCUCUGAGGAAAGGAAUUUCCGGAUGAACCAAAACUGA